AAGAAGGGGUUGGACUGGAUGCCCUUUUCUAUAACCCUUUACCUCUCUCAAUAGAAGAAGGGGUUGGACUGGAUGCCCUUUUGUAUAACCCUUUACUUCUUCUAAUAGAAGAAUGGGUUGGACUGGAUGCCCUUUUCUGCAAUCUUUUCUUCUAAUAGAAGAAGGGGCUGGACUGGAUGCCCCUUGGUGUUCCCUCCUCAUUCUGCCACCCUUGAGGGGCUGGGCUCUUUCCCUGCCCUCUCUCCUCCCUCUGCCCCAAAGGACUCCUCCUCCUGUGGCUCUUCUGGAGGGACUGCCUGCAUCUCCUGGCUGUGGUGUUGUGGCUGUGGGGUGGGCAUGGGGGGCGCGGGGCUGGAGCUGGGGGGCUACUUCCUGGCGCUGGGGGGCUGGGUGGGGGCCAUCUGUGCGGCGGCCCUGCCCCAGUGGAAGCAGAGCUCCUAUGCCGGGGAUGCCAUCAUCACAGCCGUGGGGCUCUACGAGGGGCUGUGGAUGAGCUGCGCCUCCCAGAGCACCGGGCAGGUCCAGUGCAAACUCCACGACUCCCUCCUCUCCCUCGAUGUCCACCUCCAGACGUCCCGGGCCCUAAUGGUGGUCUCCAUCCUCCUGGGCUUCGUGGGCGUCGUGGUCAGCGUCAUCGGCAUGAAGUGCACCAAAGUCGGGGACGAGAACCCAGUCGCCAAGGGCUGGAUUGCGGUAUUGGGGGGCGUCUUCUUCUUAUUGGCGGGGAUGUGCACCAUGACCGCAAUUUCGUGGUACGCGGCGAGGGUGACCUACGAAUUCUUCAACCCCAGCACGCCGGUUAAUGCCAGGUACGAAUUUGGGCCGGCCCUCUUUGUGGGCUGGUCGGCGGGCAGCGUGAGCCUUUUGGGGGGCGCCUUCCUGUCCUGUUCCUGCCCGAAACCCGAAGACCGAGGGCAGCAGUACUACCGCCAGUCCCAGCCUCCCUCGGCCCGAGAACCCACUGUAAAAAGGGGAGAGCCCAACGAAUAAUCAUGUCGCCCGGGGAAGCGUCCGAUAUUGAGACAAGAAACACAACAUGCUUUUCCUUUGUAUCAUAAGCCCUGCAUUAACUUUCCCCUACAAUGCUGUCUCUAUAUUAUUGUUGUUAUUAUUAUUAUUAUUUUGUAAGCCAACACUGGUAUCUAUCUUAUGGUUUGUACUAAAAAAAAUCUGUAUUGUUAUUAAAAUGUUUUUAUUGUC